AUGGGGUUUCUGGUUUUUUAUCUUGUAGUUAUGGGUAUCGCGGCAGUUGAUUUGGGGUCUAUUUGGACCUUGGGCAUACAUAUCAAGUGGGAUUUGAUGAUUCCUUCUUCGUUUUUUUCACUACACAGUUCUUAG